UUCAGCCUUGUAGCAUGCCCACUGUCCAUCCGCUCCAUAAACGCACGGAUGUGAACCACGCACCUUAUGGAGGAGGGCCAAGCACAGGACUAUCGCGGUGUUUCCAUUCAUCCAAGACAUAUUAGCGGGUUUGAGAAGACCGUCUUGAAGCGUCAUCUCAACUACAACCCUGAACUCGAUCGUCAGUCCAAGGUUCAAGAACUUCGAAAUCUAUACAACAAAGUCGAAGGCAACAAAGCUCUUGAAUCGGAUGAUGAGAAGACUCUGAAAGGAAACAGUGAUAUGAUCCCCGACAAUGUCAGCAAGUACUUUGAAAUGGAGAAGACGAGGGCACCGUCGCAGCACAGAGCGACUUGAGCGAGGAGGUUCCCGAUACCGAGAGAAGUUGGUGGGCGUCCUAUACCGUACUUUGGAUAGAC